AUGAAAUGGAUUUCGGGAGAUGGUGAAGGAGAAGAUGAAAUUCACACGAUUGUGUUUAAGGAAUCAGUGGAGGAGAUCACAUACUCUGCUUUGGUUGAGCGUAUUUGCAGAAAGAUAAAGGUAGAUGGAUAUAAGGUGGAAACGAAGAUUAGUUACUUUCCAAUGGUCUUGUAUUCAAACAAGCUAUCAUAUGUCUGGAAUGAUGAAGAUGUUUUUGGUUAUCUACUGCAAGUAAAUCAUGAGAAGUGUAGAAGUGUUCUACAUGUGGAGUUCAACAAAACGGUUCAAGAAGAGGAUGAUGAAGCUGAUGUCUAUGUCGGUCUAUCCGAUAGAGAGGCUACUGAUGGAGAGGCUACUGAUACAUGGGCUACUGAUAGAGUGGCUUGUGAAGCAGAUGGUGUGCUCACACUUUACGAUGACAUUGAAAUUCAUGGUAAUGUCACCGAAAGAGAUGCGAUUGUGAUUGAAGAUACAGAAGCAAGACCAUCAGUUGAAGUAACCCCAGCUGUCAAGGAACGGGAUGAUGGUAUGGAUUUGGCUGUAGGUCAAGAAUUUAGAACCAAGGAGGAAGCACAAGUUCAUAUUCAGACGGCUUCACAUCUGAAGUGUUUUGAGUAUGAUGUAAUUAAGUCGGACACUAAGAGAUAUGUGAUAAAAUGCCGAGCAGCCAAAGAAGGCUGCAAGUGGUAUGUGCGUGUUGCAAAGUUGAUGAAUUCAGAUAGUUGGACGGUUAGAAGUUACAUCAAACAGCAUAGAUGUUCUGUUGUUACUACAAGAACACUUCCUAAUAGAAGGAGAGGCACACCAGGAAUCGUUGCAGCUGUUUUGGCUCAAGAUUAUCCCGGUAGUUUAGACACACCAGCUCCCAACGCCUUGAUCCAGCUGGUUCAUCACAGGGUGGCUGUGAAAGUAUCAUACACAACGUCAUGGAGAGGAAAAAGAUUAGCUGCUAAUAAAGUGCGAGGAAGUCCAGAAGAGAGUUAUACUUUAUUAAAUUCUUAUAUGCACAUGCUAAAGCAGUCGAAUCCUGGCACAGUAGCUCGAGUGGUUGUGGAUGAGGCCCAAAAGUUUAAAUAUCUGUUUUUUGCUUUGGGAGCUAGCAUAGAAGGGUUUACCGCUAUGAGGAAAGUCCUCAUUGUCGAUGCAACACACCUGAAGAAUGUUUAUGGUGGAGUUAUAUUUGUUGCGACUGCUCAAGAUCCCGAUCAUCACCACUAUCCAAUUGCGUUUGGUAUUGCAGAUGGUGAGAAAGAGCAUAGUUGGGUGUGGUUUAUGGAACAGUUGAAAUCAGUGAUAUCUGAUGUUCCUGGAUUGGUGUUUCUUUCAGAUAGAAACAAAAGCUUGAUCAAGGCAGUAAGUCUAGUGUUCCCUAAGGCCGCUCAUGGUUAUUGUAUAUGGCAUUUGGCUCAGAAUGUUAAAGUACAUGUCCGUAACAACAGAGAAACUUGCACGUUUAAGUUUAUGGGCUGCGCACACGCUUAUACAGAGGCUGAGUUCUUGAACCUUUAUAAUGCUUUUCGCAUGAGGUAUCCUAGCGCAGCGGAGUAUCUUGACAAAAGUGUUGAAGAGAGGAAAUGGGCGAGAUGUUACUUUGAAGGAGAUAGGUACAAUGUUGACACCACCAAUUCAGUGGAAUCUUUUAAUGGUGUUAUUAGUGACGCGAGAAAGUUAAACAUACUACCAAUGUGUGAUUUCAUCAUUGGGAAAAUGGCUGAAUGGUUCAACAUACAUAGGAAGGAGGCAGCUGAAAUACCACCUGCACUAAAGCUUGUUCCUAUUGUGGAAGUGGAAAUGUCUAAAAUAUGUGUUGAUGCAGGGUUUCUUUCCGUUGUCGAGUUAAACAGCUUCCAUCUUGAGUACAGUGUCUCAGGAAGUGACGGGAAGCAUUAUACCGUUGAUAUGGCUAUGAUGACUUGUAGCUGUGAGCAAUUUGAUAAAGACAAAUACCCAUGUGUCCAUGCAGUAGCUGCUGCCACAUUUAUGACUGAUAAAGCGGGAAAGGAACUUCAUCUAUCUGAGUAUUGUUCUAAGUACUAUUUAGUGGAGCAAUGGGCUUUGGCUUAUCACAGGACAAUAUAUCCUGUUCCUCAUAUGUCUGAUUGGAUUAUACCUGAAGAAGUUAAAGCAAUGAAAGUGCUUCCUCCAGAUUAUGAAGUCAAAAAAGGAAAACCGCAGCAAACUCGAUUUCCAUCGGCAGGAGAAUCUCGUGGAAGAGGAAAAAGAGGCAAAGGGAGAGUCAGCGGCACAGGUAGAGCCAGCGGCACAGGCACCGCUAACGGCACAGGCACCGCUAACGGCACAGGCAGUACCAGUGGCGCUGGCAGUUCCAGCGGCACAGUCAGAGCGAGAGGAGGAGGUAUGGGAGCGUAUUUUGAAUGUGGAAUUGGUGCAGGUCCAGGUUUGGAUUACUGA